GAUUCAAGAGCGCCUCAAUGAAAACGCUUGCACUUUUUACAUCUUUUGCAACAUGGCUUCUGUGGUCAACGGUUCUAGUGACGUCACAGUUAAAUCCAGUUUCCGCCAGCACUCCAGCCGGAAUAACAGGUUGCAUUUCGACGGAAGGAGAAGAAGGCAAGAUUCUAGACUGUUCUUCCGCCACUGACGUCGCCCAAAUCAAGAACUUUGUCGAAAAACUGACCGACGAAAAUGACCUCACCUUCGACAAGUUCAAAAUGGCCGAGAACGCUCACAUCGACCACCUUCCCGCCGGUGUGCUGGGGGAGCUUCGAGUCCGCGCCAUCGAAGUAGCGUCGUGUCCUUCGCUAACAGAGGUAGACGGCGAUUUCCUCGGGGCUUCGAAUGAAACGGUGUUCGUGAUAUUCCUCGGCUACAACGCCCUCACUCGAGUCCCUGCGUUGAAGGCGGAAGGACUCCUCGCUCUCGACCUGUUUGGGAACCCUCUGGAGAAGAUCGCGAGGGAAGAUUUUCAAGGGAUUGUGAAUUUGCAGAGUCUGAUCCUUCCCCCUGUGCCCGUCGAAAUCCUGGCCUUCCAUUCCCUAGAAUCCCUAAGGACCCUCUCUGUGCCCUUCCUCGCUACCUCCUUGGACACAGUGUUUCCAGGCAGCUUCUCCUUCAAUUCGUUGCAUCUUCAGGAAGUCUUUUUUCCGGGGAGUGACUUUCAGUACUUGCUUCCGGGAGUGUUUGAAGGUUUCAUCCCCGGCUCUAAACUUGUAAUGGAGAGUUACAACCUCACUUCCCCGUCUGUUCUCUUCAACCUGCUAAGUCGGGGAGCACGCCUGGAAUUCACAAGCAGCAUCACCUGCGGAUGUCAACAAGCCUGGAUCCGUCUCUCUCCUUUCCUCAGCCAGACCUCCAUUUCCUGCGUCACUGAAGAAGGACAAACACUCCUUCAGGAUAUGGAUGAGAGCGAAUUCGCAUCAUGUUAUGUGAAUUCGUUAUAGGCUUCGUUUAUUGACAGAAUGUUGGAAAUGUUUUUUUUUAUUAUUAUUAUUAUUAUUAUUAUUGUGUAUUCUAAGUAAAUAUGAUGACGUAA